AUGGAUGUAAAGUGUCCAGGCUGCUUCCAAAUCACCACCGUGUUUUCACACGCUCAAACUGUAGUCUUGUGCGGCUCUUGCUCGCAAGUAUUGGCUCAACCUUCAGGUGGAAAGGCAAGACUAAGUGAGGGUUGCUCUUUCCGAAGGAAGACUGGUUAA